CCCCGAGUGCGGAGUCAUGGUGAAAACAGUCCAAGAUGGAUGUGCAGAGGGUCUCGUUUACGGCGGAGGGGGCCGAGAGGGAAUCUUCAUCAAGGAAGUGGUUCCAGAGUCACCGGCCUCCAAAAGUCUGAAACUGAAAGAAGGUGAUCAGAUUCUGAGUGCCACCGUGUACUUCGACAACAUGUCGUAUGAGGACGCCGUUCAGAUCCUGGAGCACGCUCAGGCCUACAAAGUGAAGCUCUGCUUGAAACGCAAACCCAUCGCCGCAGACGCGGAUGCGGAAUCCACCUUCGAGUCCGACGUCAUCCCUGAGGACGACGUCUACGCUCCAGAGAUGAGGGAGCAAGGAAAAGGCAAGCGGCGCGGUGAGGCCCGCAUUUCAUGGCCUAAGUUUCCCUCGUUUGGAAAAGGAGCCAAGUCCCGCUUCACGAGGUCUCACAGCUCCUCUGAGGUCGACGAGCAGAGGAAGCUGGAACUCAGUCCCACGACGAGUGACACAGAGUCUCCUAUAAAAUCCCAGGAUGCUCUCAAAGGCAAGAAGAAGCAUAAAAUGAAGCUUCCUGGUCUGACGAAGAGAGGCCUCAUAAGUUCCUCUGAAGACCAGGACACGGACGCACCAACGUCUACGCAGAUGCUUUCGCCCGAGUGCCUGGAAAGCCCCUUAGACGAAACACCUCAAAUAUAUGUGGCAGAGAACCUGACGAUAGUGGAGGACUUGAGGUGUGAUCCUGACCCUCCAGAACCUCAAAGGGUUCAACACAAGGUGGAACUCAUCAGCAUAACCAGCACUUUGAAAACCGAAGAUCUAACUGUGGCUCUGGCAGGUCCAGAAGGUUCCUCUGGUCUCAAGUCCCCUGACGGGAAGAAGAAAAAGAAGAAAGAGCUGUCUCAAUUAAAAAUUAAGAUUUUGGGGAAGGAUAAAUCCCCUAAGAAAGAUGCUAAAGCAAAACAGUCACCGAAAAGACUGAAAACACUGGGGGCAAGCCUUGAAAUAGCAGACCGACCUGAAAAAGAAAGAUCCGACAUCAUCCCAAGUUUUGAAUCACAAACAGAACUACAAGGAGCACUUGAUGCCAAUACCCAAAGAAUCAACAUGAGCGUACCGAAGGGGGAACUUGAGGGAUCUGAUGUUGCAUUAAUACAGAAAUCUCCACAGAAAGGUGAAGAGAAAACAAAGAAAGCCAAAGGCACCAAACAGAAUCAAGAUUCAACAUUCAAACUGCCUAAAAUCGGCUUCAGUGACAUCAGCAACGAGGAAGUCAAGCAACUAGCAACUGAAGGUGCAGAAGGGAAAGAAGAUCCAUACGAGCGACUGUCAAAAAGCGGUCUUUCCUCAACAAAUCUUCCCAAGCGAGAAGACAUUGAGAUUCCAGGUAUGGAGGACAUGUCGAAGAGAACCACCGGCAAAAGAAUUAAAGAGCCCAAAACUGUGCAGCUGCUGAUUGACGUUGACAGCGUGAAAGAGGCAGUUUCAAAAUUGCCUGGAUACAAGCUGCCUCAGGUCGACACAAAUGUUGGAGGUAUGGUCAAAGAUUUCGAAGCCGAGAAGCAGACGUUCAAACUGUCCAAAUUUGAGACAGUAACUGUGAAUGAGGAGCUCAACAUUGAUGUGAAAGAACUUGAAAUGGAGGACAAGGGAGAUAUGAAGGCUAAAGGAAGUGAACUGGAAGUAUCAGGGAGCAAGUUUAAAAUGCCAAAGUUGCGCAUCUCCAUGCCAAAAGUAAAAGGACCUGAAAUUGACUUGAGCUUCUCAAAGAAGGAUGUAGAUGUCACAUUACCAGAAGCGAAAGCUGAGGUCAAACUACCCAGUGUUGAAUUCAAACAACCAUCUGCUUCACUGGAUAUUGAAGCUCCUGAGAUUGAAGCUGAAGUUGAUGUUGAUGGAUCAUCGUCCAAAUUUAAAAUGCCAUCAUUCAAAUUCCCAAAAUUUGGAGUUAGUACUCCAAGCGCUAUCAUAGAAGUGCACGACAAAGAUGUCAAAAUUGAUGGCACUGACAUUAACAUUCCCAAGGAGGUUCUUGCAGUUAACAUUACAGCACCCAGCAUUGACAUUGAAGGUCCAUCCAUCUACCAUGAAGGUAAAGGAAGCAAGUUUAAACUACCAAGUCUUGGUUUUUCUGGGCCAGAAAUCAAAGGGCUUGACAUUGACUUGAGCUUCUCAAAGAAGGAUGUAGAUGUCACAAUACCAGAAGCCAAAGCUGAGGUCAAACUUCCCAGUGUUGAAGUCAAACAACCUGAAGUGGAGGUAAAGAUACCAGAAGGUAAUGUGGAAUUAGAGGGUCAGGAAAGCAAGUUCAAAAUGCCAAAGUUUGGCAUCUCAAUGCCAAAAAUCAAAGGUCCUGAAAUUGAUUUGAGUUCAUCAAAGAAGGAUGUAGAUGUGACUCUACCAGAAGCCAAAGCUGAAGUAAAACUCCCCGAUGUUAAACUAAAAGAUACUUCUGCAGAAAUUGAAAUUAAAGGUCCUGAGAUUAAGACUGGGACAAAAGGUACAAAAGGAUCACCGUCAAAAUAUAAGAUGCCGUCAUUCAAAUUUCCCAAAUUUGGAGGUGGAUCUCCAAGUGCCACCAUUGAAGUGCCCGAGAAAGACAUUAAAAUCGAUGGCGCUGACAUUAAAAUCGAUGGAGCUGACAUUAAAAUCCCCAAAGAGGUUCUUACAGUUGACAUUGCAGCACCCAGCAUUGACAUUGAAGGUCCAUCCAUCGACCAUGAAGGAAAAGGAAGCAAGUUUAAACUACCAAGUCUUAGUUUUUCUGGGACACAAAUCAAAGGCCCUGACAUUGAUUUGAGUUUAUCAAAGAAGGAUGUAAAUGUGACUCUACCAGAAGCCAAAGCUAAUGUCAAACUCCCUGAUGUUAAACUAAAAGACUCUUCUGCUGAAGUGAAAAUCAAAGGACCUGGAAUUGAUGUUCAGACAAGAAAUGUUGAAGGACCUUCAACAACAUUUAGAAUGCCAACGUUCACACUACCCAAAUUCGGAUCUGCUACUCCAAAGGUCAGUGUGGACGUACCCGAUGUGGACGAAGACAUUAAAGUGGAUGUAACCGCUCCAAGCAUUGAAACUGAAGGCCUGUCUGUAGAUAUGAUGGCUAAAGGAAGUGAACUGGAAGUAUCAGGAAGCAAGUUCAACAUGCCAAAGUCUGGCAUCUCAAUGCCAAAAGUAAAAGGGCCUGAAAUUGACUUGAGCUUCUCAAAGAAGGAUGUAGAUGUCACAUUACCAGAAGCUAAAGCUGAGGUCAAACUGCCCAGUGUUGAAGUCAAACAACCUGAAGUGGAGGUAAAGCUACCAGAAGGUGUUGUCGAAUUAAAGGUCCAGGAAAGCAAGUUCAAAAUGCCAAAGUUUGGCAUCUUAAUGCCAAAAGUAAAAGGACCUGAAAUUGAUUUGAGUUUAUCAAAGAAGGAUGUAGAUGUCACUCUACCAGAAGCCAAAGCUGAAGUAAAACUCCCCAAUGUUAAACUAAAAGAUACUUCUGCAGAAAUUGAAAUGAAAGGUCCUGAGAUCAAGACUGGGACAAAAGGUACAAAGGGAUCACCGUCAAAAUAUAAGAUGCCGUCAUUCAAAUUCCCCAAAUUUGGAGGUGGAUCUCCAAGUGCCACCAUAGAAGUCCUUGAGAAAGACAUUAAAAUCGAUGGAGCUGACAUUAAAAUCCCCAAAGAGGUUCUUACAGUUGACAUUGCAGCACCCAGCAUUGACAUUGAAGGUCCAUCCAUCGACCGUGAAGGACAAGAAAGCAAGUUUAAACUACCAAGUUUGGGUUUUUCAGGGCCACAAAUCAAAGGCCCUGACAUUGAUUUGAGUUUAUCAAAGAAGGAUGUAGAUGUGACUCUACCAGAAGCCAAAGCUAAUGUUAAACUCCCUGAUGUUAAACUAAAAGAUACUUCUGCUGAAAUGGAAAUCAAAGGACCUAGAAUUGAUCGCACAAGAAAUGUUGAAGGAUCUUCAACAACAUUUAAAAUGCCAACGUUCACAUUACCCACAUUUGGAUCUGCUACUCCAAAGGUCAGUGUGGAAGUACCUGAUGUGGACAAACACAUUACAGUGGAUGUAACCUCUCCAAGCAUUGAAACUGAAGGCCUGUCUGUAGAAAUGAUGGCUAAAGGAAGUGAACUGGAAGUAUCAGGAAGCAAGUUCAAAAUGCCAAAGUUUGGCGUCUCAAUGCCAAAAGUAAAAGGGCCUGAAAUUGACUUGAGCUUCUCAAAGAAGGACAUAGAUGUUACAUUACCAGAAACUAAAGCUGAGGUCAAUCUGCCCAGUGUUGAAGUCAAACAACCUGAAGUGGAGGUAAAGCUACCAGAAGGUAGUGUGGAAUUAGAGUCCCAGGAAAGCAAGUUCAAAAUGCCAAAGUUCGGCAUCUCAAUGCCAAAAGUAAAAGGAACUGAAAUUGAUUUGACUUUAUCAAAGAAGGAUGUAGAUGUGACUCUCCCAGAAGCCAAAGCUGAAGUAAAACUCCCUGAUGUUAAACUAAAAGAUACUCAUGCGGAAGUUGAAAUUAAAGGUCCUGAAAUCAAGACUGGGACAAAAGGUACUAAAGGAUCACCGUCAAAAUAUAAGAUGCCGUCAUUCAAAUUUCCCAAAUUCGGAUCUCCAAGUGCCACCAUAGAAGAGCCUGAGAAAGACAUUAAAAUCGAUGGCGCUGACAUUAAAAUCGAUGGAGCUGACAUUAAAAUCCCCAAAGAGGUUCUUACAAUUGACAUUGGAACACCCAGCAUUGACAUUAAAGAUCCAUCCAACGACCGUGAAGGAAAAGGAAGCAAGUUUAAAUUACCAAGUCUUGGUUUUUCUGGACCACAAAUCAAAGGCCCUGACAUUGAUUUAAGUUUAUCAAAGAAGGAUGUAGAUGUGAAUUUACCAGAAGCCAAAGCUAAUGUUAAACUCCCUGAUGUUAAACUAAAAGACUCUUCUGCUGAAGUGGAAAUCAAAGGACCUGGAAUUGAUGUUCAGACAAGAAAUGUUGAAGGAUCUUCAACAACAUUUAAAAUGCCAACGUUCACGCUUCCCAAAUUUGGAUCUCAUUCUGCAAAGGUCAGUGUGGACGUAUCUGAUGUGGACAAAGACACUAAAGUGGAUGUAACCACUCCAAGCAUAGACACUAAAGGCCUGGCUGUAGAGAUGAAGGCUAAAGGAAGUGAACUGGAAGUAUCAGGAAGCAAGUUCAAAAUGCCAACUUUUGGCAUCUCAAUGCCAAAAGUAGAAGGACCUGAAAUUGACUUGAGCUUCUCAAAGAAGGAUGUAAAUGUGACUCUACCAGAAGCCAAAGCUGAGGUAAAACUCCCUGAUGUUAAACUAAAAGACACUUCUGCUACAGUGGAUAUUAAAGCUCCUGAGAUUGAAACUCAAAUUGAAAAUGUCGAAGUAUCACCAUCAAAAAUUAAAAAGCCAAGGUUUUCGAUGCCCAGAUUUUCAUUUUCCAAGCAAAGUUCAAAAGAGUCCAGAUUUGAUGCCAGUCUCACAGAUAUAGAUGUUUCUCUUCCAGAAGGAAACGUGGAAGUGAAACAACCUGAAGUGGAAGUAAAGCUACCAGAAGGUGAUGUGGAAUUAGAGGUCCAGGAAAGCAAGUUCAAAAUGCCAAAGUUAGGCAUCUCAAUGCCAAAAGUAAAAGGACCUGAAAUUGACUUUAGCUUCUCAAAGAAGGAUGUAGAUGUCACAUUACCAGAAGAUAAAGCUGAGGUCAAAUUGCUCAGUAUUGAAAUCAAACAACCAUCUGCUACAGUGGAUAUUAAAGAUACUGAGAUUGAAGUUCAAACUAAAAAUGUUGAAGGGUCACCAUCCAAAUACAUAAUGCCACGGUUCACAUUACCCAAAUUUGAAUCUCAUACUGCAGAGGUCAGUGUGGACGUACCUGAUGUGGACGAAGACAUUACAGUGAAAGUAACCGCUCCAAGCAUUGACACUGAAGGUCUAUCUGUAGAGAUGAAGGCUAAAGGAAGUGAACUGGAAGUAUCAGGAAGCAAGUUCAAAAUGCCAAAGUUUGGCAUCUCUUUGCCAAAAAUAAAAGGACCUGAAAUUGACUUGAGCUUCUCAAAGAAGGAUGUAGAUGUCACAUUACCAGAAGCCAAAGCUGAGGUCAAACUGCCCAGUGUUGAAGUCAAACAACCAUCUGCUACAGUGGAUAUUAAAGCUCCUGAGAUUGAAACUCAAACUGAAAAUGUUGAAGUAUCACCAUCAAAAAUUAAAAAUCCAAUGUUUUCGAUGCCCAGAUUUUCGUUUUCCAAGCAAAGUUCAAAAGAGUCCGGAUUUGAUGCCAGUCUCGCAGAUAUUGAUGUUUCUCUUCCAGAAGGAAACGUGGAAGUGAAACAACCUGAAGUGGAGGUAAAGCUACCAGAAGGUGAUGUGGAAUUAGAGGUCCAGGAAAGCAAGUUCAAAAUGCCAAAGUUUGGCAUCUCAAUGCCAAAAGUAAAAGGACCUGAAAUUGACUUGAGCUUCUCAAAGAAGGAUGUAGAUGUCACAUUACCAGAAGCUAAAGCUGAGGUCAAAUUGCCCAGUGUUGAAAUCAAACAACCAUCUGCUAUGGUAGAAAUUAAAGCUUCUGAGAUUGAAGCUCCAACUGAAAAUGUUGAAGGAUCACCAUCCAAAUUUAAAAUGCCAACGUUCACAUUACCCAAAUUUGGAUCUGCUACUCCAAAGGUCCGUGUCGAAGUACCUGAUGUGGACAAAGACAUUAAAGUGGAUGUAACCACUCCAAGCAUUGACACUGAAGGCCUGUCUGUAGAGAUGAAGGCGAAAGGAAGUGAACUGGAAGUAUCAGGAAGCAAGUUCAAAAUGCCAAAGUUUGGCAUCUCAAUGCCAAAAGUAAAAGGACCUGAAAUUGACUUGAGCUUCUCAAAGAAGGAUGUAGAUGUCACAUUACCAGAAGCUAAAGCUGAGGUCAAAUUGCCCAGUGUUGAAAUCAAACAACCUUCUGCUAGGGUAGAAAUUAAAGCUUCUGAGAUUGAAGCUCCAACUGAAAAUGUUGAAGGAUCACCAUCCAAAUUUAAAAUGCCAACGUUCACAUUACCCAAAUUUGGAUCUGCUACUCCAAAGGUCCGUGUCGAAGUACCUGAUGUGGACAAAGACAUUAAAGUGGAUGUAACCACUCCAAGCAUUGACACUGAAGGCCUGUCUGUAGAGAUGAAGGCUAAAGGAAGUGAACUGGAAGUAUCAGGAAGCAAGUUCAAAAUGCCAACGUUUGGCAUCUCAAUGCCAAAAGUAAAAGGACCUGAAAUUGACUUGAGCUUCUCAAAGAAGGAUGUAGAUGUCACAUUACCAGAAGCCAAAGCUGAGGUCAAACUGCCCAGUGUUGAAGUCAAACAACCAUCUGCUACAGUGGAUAUUAAAGCUCCUGAGAUUGAAACUCAAACUGAAAAUGUUGAAGUAUCACCAUCAAAAAUUAAAAAGCCAAUGUUUUCGAUGCCCAGAUUUUCGUUUUCCAAGCAAAGUUCAAAAGAGUCCGGAUUUGAUGCCAGUCUCGCAGAUAUUGAUGUUUCUCUUCCAGAAGGAAACGUGGAAGUGAAACAACCUGAAGUGGAGGUAAAGCUACCAGAAGGUGAUGUGGAAUUAGAGGUCCAGGAAAGCAAGUUCAAAAUGCCAAAGUUUGGCAUCUCAAUGCCAAAAGUAAAAGGACCUGAAAUUGACUUGAGCUUCUCAAAGAAGGAUGUAGAUGUCACAUUACCAGAAGCUAAAGCUGAGGUCAAAUUGCCCAGUGUUGAAAUCAAACAACCAUCUGCUAUGGUAGAAAUUAAAGCUUCUGAGAUUGAAGCUCCAACUGAAAAUGUUGAAGGAUCACCAUCCAAAUUUAAAAUGCCAACGUUCACAUUACCCAAAUUUGGAUCUGCUACUCCAAAGGUCCGUGUCGAAGUACCUGAUGUGGACAAAGACAUUAAAGUGGAUGUAACCACUCCAAGCAUUGACACUGAAGGCCUGUCUGUAGAGAUGAAGGCUAAAGGAAGUGAACUGGAAGUAUCAGGAAGCAAGUUCAAAAUGCCAACGUUUGGCAUCUCAAUGCCAAAAGUAAAAGGACCUGAAAUUGACUUGAGCUUCUCAAAGAAGGAUGUAGAAGUCACAAUACCAGAAGCUAAAGCUGAGGUCAAACUGCCUGAAGCUGUCAUUUCAGCAUCAGAUGUACCAACAUUUGACAUUGAAACCAAGACGAAAGAACCAAAUUGGACAUUUCCAAAACCAUGGACAGGUGGUGAAGCCCCUGAUAUAGAUAUCAGCCUUGAAACAGCCAAAGCUGACGUUAUAUCAACAGAGGCCAUAGCAAAACUUCACGGACCUUCAGCAGAGAUUUUAAUUGAAGAACCUGCAGAACCUGAUGCACACUUGAAAAAAACAAAAUUUUCACUCCCCAGAUUUUCUUUUUCCAAGUCAAGUGUUAAAGAACCGGAAGUCAGUGCUGAGCUUCCACGUGUUGAUGUUUCUCUUCCAGAGGGACAAGUCAUCGUAAAGCAACCUGAGCUGCAAAUCAAAGUUUCCGAACCCGAAGCUGAACUCGAUGGGCAAGGAAGUAAACUUAAAUUUCCAAAGUUCGGCAUGGCUCUACCGAGAGCAAACGGACCUGGAGGUGAUCUACAUGUGUCACAGGAAGACUCAGGUAUCGAAGUCAAAGAAACUUCAGCUAACGUGGAGAUGAAAGCCUCUGAGACUCAAGAUAAAUCAGAAGACGUUCGAGGAUCACCGCUGAAAUUUAAAAUGCCAACAUUGAAGAUGUCGAAAUUUGGAACGGCUGCUUACAAUGUAGAAGCACCUGAUGCAGAGGAAAUAGCUGAAAGGGGUGGAGCCGAUCUUCAGGAGAAGGUUACUGUGAACAUCAAAGGUCUGACUGUUGGUCUGAAAACAGAAGAACCCCAGGCAGCAAUAACAGAUUCUGAAAUGCCGAACACCGGUACUGAGGCCGUGGACCUCGGCUCGCCAAGUAAAUUUAAACUGCCGUUGUUUAAAAUGCCAACGCUGAGUUUCUCCAGAGGGAACCCUGAAGGAGAACACGUCCCUGUUCACACCGAACGCACAAAAGCUCAACGGGAAAUGAAAGUUGAGCUCAAAGACGAGAGCAAAUCUCCAAAAGGGACUUUUACGUCAUUCGCCGAGAUCCUCGAGAGCAUCGAUGUUGAAUCUGAUGUUCCAGAAACCCCGGAACAUCGUGACACCUUGAAGGAGGGUCCCGAGACCGAUGGACCCGGGGCUAAGCAGUUAGGGGCGGGGCCGAAGGAAACCAAGGAGGAAGCUGUCAGAAGUCCUGAGAGGGCGGGCUGGUUUAAGUUCCCCACGUUAGGCCUGUCCUCCCCAUCAGAACCGGCCAAGGACACUCAGGAAGGGAAGAGCCCAGUGGAGGAAACGCCGGAUGAGGAAACGAGCCCCAGCUGUUCCGUUCAGUCUUCGGACGCCUUCGCCGACGUCAGCUCUGCCAUGACGAGCGAGCGCGGCGGAGCCUCCUUAGCGUCUCCGACCAAAGUAACCAUCAGGUACUCCGGCCCUGACGCCACCGCCGGGCCCGGGGAGCCGCUCAGGAACAUUUACACCACCAGGACCGAAAUGAUCUUGGUGGAGCCCCACUUGGCCGAGAAGAUCACCAUCCUGUCGACCUCUUCGUCGGAGGACACGCUCAGACUGGAGUCGAGGAGGAUUCACGUCGUUACGUCUAACGUGCGAGUGAUCCCAGAGGCCCAGCGCGCAGAGCUGCGCGAGGCGGUCCAAGUCCAAUCGGCUGGAGGCCUCACUGGAGAACCGGGGGCCCAUGAAGCCUUAUCGUGGACCGCGGAGGAUUCACACGGUGGCGACAGAAAGCUGUUCGAGAGGCGCUUCGUGAGCCAGGCGUCAAGCGAGAGAAGCGAAACCAACGAAACAAUCGUCAUUACACAACAAAUCACCCGCAGGUUCGAUUCCUCCGAGCCGGUCUCGGACGAUGCGGCGACAUCCGUCCGGCGCCUGAGGGACUCGGUGCACUCCGACAAGAUGAGGUUCUUCGACGGAGCCGACGAGUGAAAGAUGUCCACGUGAGUUAGGUCGACCGGCAGAACCCUUGUGGCCUGAGGGGGCGUGACCCCUGUGACGGACAGUUGAGAUACACAAACACAGAAAGAGACUGUUGGAGAGUGAACCUCCAUCUGAGGAGGUGGAUCAUGUGACCACAGCACUCCCUAAGCCCCACCUUCUGUUUGUCAAAAGUUAUAUAACACAUUUGUCGUUUCAGAGUUUUUAACCUACACCGAUCCAGCUGUUACGGAUCAGAUGAUAAUCACCGGUGCAUUGAUUAUAACAACAUGCUGAAAUGCUACUGACAUUCCAAAAAUACGUUUACAAUAAUUUCACUUUGGAGAAAACCUGCAAUGCAAAAAGGCA